AUGGUCUUCUAUUUACAAAUGAAACUUUUCUUUACUGACUACGGGAAUGUCGCCAAAGUGGAGAGAUGUGACAUGGAUGGGAUGAACAGAACAAGGAUAAUUGAUUCAAAGACAGAGCAGCCAGCUGCACUGGCACUAGACCUAGUCAACAAAUUGGUUUACUGGGUAGAUCUUUACUUGGACUACGUGGGAGUAGUGGACUAUCAAGGAAAAAAUAGACAUACUAUCAUUCAAGGCAGACGAAUCAGACAUCUUUAUGGUAUAACCGUGUUUGAAGACUAUUUGUAUGCAACCAGUUCUGAUAACUUCAAUGUCAUAAAGAUAAACCGAUUUAAUGGCACUGAUAUUCAUUCAUUAAUUAAAAUGGAAAAUGCUAGAGGAAUUCGAAUUUAUCAAAAAAGAACUCAACCAACAGUCAGAAGCAAUGCCUGCGAAGUGGAUACAUAUGGAAUGCCAGGGGGAUGUUCACACAUCUGUCUGCUCAGCAGCAGUUACAAAACACGGACCUGUCGCUGCAGGACUGGCUUCAAUUUGGGAAGUGAUGGCAGAUCAUGCAAAAGACCGAAGAAUGAGUUGUUCCUCUUUUACGGGAAAGGACGCCCAGGAAUUGUUAGAGGAAUGGACUUGAAUACCAAGAUAGCUGAUGAAUACAUGAUCCCCAUAGAAAAUCUGGUAAACCCUCGUGCUUUAGAUUUUCACGCAGAAACCAAUUAUAUCUACUUUGCUGACACCACCAGUUUCCUAAUUGGCCGGCAGAAGAUAGAUGGCACAGAGCGAGAAACCAUUCUGAAAGAUGAUCUGGAUAAUGUGGAGGGCAUUGCUGUGGACUGGAUCGGAAAUAACCUUUACUGGACAAAUGAUGGCCAUAGGAAAACCAUUAAUGUGGCUAGACUGGAAAAGGCUUCUCAGAGUCGGAAGACUCUUUUGGAGGGAGAAAUGUCUCAUCCCAGAGGGAUUGUGGUGGAUCCAGUUAAUGGUUGGAUGUAUUGGACAGACUGGGAGGAAGAUGAAAUAGAUGACAGCGUGGGAAGGAUUGAGAAGGCCUGGAUGGAUGGCUUCAAUCGGCAGAUUUUUGUGACUUCAAAGAUGCUGUGGCCAAACGGUUUAACUCUGGACUUUCACACCAACACAUUAUACUGGUGUGAUGCCUAUUAUGAUCAUAUUGAAAAAGUGUUUUUGAAUGGAACUCACAGGAAGAUUGUUUACAGUGGGAAAGAAUUGAACCAUCCUUUUGGACUGUCGCAUCAUGGGAACUAUGUGUUCUGGACUGAUUAUAUGAAUGGUUCCAUUUUUCAACUAGAUUUGAUAACAAGUGAGGUGACAUUAUUGAGGCAUGAAAGACCACCCCUGUUUGGGCUUCAGAUUUAUGAUCCACGAAAACAACAAGGUGACAAUAUGUGCCGAGUAAAUAAUGGAGGCUGUAGUACACUUUGCUUGGCCAUUCCAGGAGGCCGGGUGUGUGCUUGUGCUGAUAAUCAACUUUUGGAUGAAAAUGGGACGACUUGCAUAUUUAAUCCUGGAGAAGUAUUAGCUCACAUAUGUAAAGCUGGAGAAUUUCGCUGCAAAAACAGAUACUGUAUCCAAGCUCGGUGGAAAUGUGAUGGCGAUGAUGACUGCCUGGACGGAAGUGAUGAGGAUUCAGUAAAUUGCUGUAUGUUCUCCUUCAAGUAA